AUGGACAACACACGUUCUUUCAUGGUGGUGAAUGCGUCGGGCAGGGCUUCGGGCCAGAAGGCCCACCUGUACAUGCCCACCCUGAAGGAGAACGACACUCAUUGCAUUGAUUUCCUCUACUCACUGUCCAGCAGGGAUGGAGCCAGUCCAGGAACCCUCAAUGUCUAUAUCAAGGUAAACGGGGGCUCUCAGGGUAACCCUGUGUGGAAUGCGUCUGACACCGUGACUGAAGGAUGGGUGAAGGCGGAGCUGGCCAUAUCUACAUUCUGGCCUAAUUCAUACCAGGUCAUAUUUGAAGCAGUUUCAGUCCAGGGUCAUCCUGGAUUCAUUGCCAUUGACGACAUACGAGUUCUGGCCCAUCCCUGCCGGAAGGCGCCUCACUUCCUGCGAUUACAGAACGUGGAGGUGAAUGUGGGGCAGAAUGCUACGUUCCAGUGUACUGCAGGGGGUAAAUGGUCCCAGCAUGAUAAACUAUGGUUACAGCAGUGGAACGGUAAGGACACUGCACUGAUGGUGACCAGGGUGGUGAACCACCGUCGUUUCUCGGCAACUGUGAGUGUGGGUGACACGUCCCAGCGCAGCACCAGUCGCUACCGCUGCGUCAUCCGCUCAGACGGCGGGUCCGGGGUCUCCAAUUAUGCUGACCUUAUCGUUAAAGCUCCACCCACCCCAAUCGCACCUCCUGAGCUGCUGGCGGUUGGCGCCACCUACCUAUGGAUCAAACCCAAUGCCAACAGCAUCAUCGGUGAUGGGCCAAUCAUCUUGAAGGAAGUGGAGUACCGCACGACGACAGGGAACUGGGCGGAGACUCACGUGGUUGAUGCACCCACCUAUAAGCUGUGGCACUUGGACCCGGAUGUGGAGUACGAGAUCAAAGUUCUGCUAUCCAGGCCUGGGGAAGGGGGCACAGGACCCCCGGGACCCCCGCUGGUAACCAGAACCAAAUGUGCUGACCCCGUCCAUGGUCCCCAGAGUGUCAAUGUGGUAGAUAUCCGUGCUCGUCAGCUGACUUUGCAGUGGGAGACGUUUGGCUAUGCAGUGACUCGCUGUCACAGCUACAACCUGACGGUGCAGUACCAAUAUAUAUUUAACCAGCAGGAGUUUGCAGCAGAAGAAUUGAUCCAGACAUCGUCCCACUACACCCUGAGAGGGCUGAGGCCUUUUGUCACAGUCAGACUGAGGCUGGUUCUGGCCAACCCUGAGGGCAGCAAGGAGAGUGAAGAGAUAGUUAAACAGACAGAGGAGGAUGUACCUGGUUCAGUGCCAAUGGAGUCCCUCCAGAACACCCCUUAUGAAGAGAAGAUUUUCAUGCAGUGGAAAGCUCCUAAUGAGACUAAUGGGAUCAUCACACUCUAUGAGAUCACCUAUAAGGCUCUCAGCUCCUUGGACCCCAGUGCUGACCUCACCACCCAGAGAGGACGAGUGUUUAAGCUGAGGAAUGAGACCCACCACCUCUUCAUUGGCCUCUAUCCGGGAACCACGUACUUCUUCACUCUCAAAGCCUCGACAAACAAGGGCUUCGGCCCACCUGUCACAAUUCGCAUUACCACCAAGGUAGCAGCACCCUUGAUGCCAGAAUAUGAGUCUGAAGCGGCACUAAACGAGACAGAGACCACCAUCACUGUGCUACUGAAGCCUGCCCAGUCGCGAGGUGCACCUGUCAGCUCCUACCAGUUGGUCGUAAAGGAGGAACGCAAGUCCAAGACCCGCCGCGCCACCACGGAGGCCCCGGAGUGUUUCCCUGCUCCCGUCAGCUUCCGAAAUGCCUCUAUCCUGGACUCUGCGUACUACAUCGCUGCUGAGCUUCCCCCAUCCAGCCUCACAGUGGUGCAGCCUUUUACUGUGGGCGACAACAAGAGCUAUGGUGCUUUCUGGAAUCCGCCGCUGUCACCGGCCAAAACAUACAACAUCUACUACCAGGCCAUGAGCAAAGCAAACGGGGAAACCAAAAUCAACUGCGUCCACCUGGCUAAUAAAGCGGUAUUAGGUAGGGGACAAAUAACAACGCCGUACAUUCUAGUCAUCCCGAGCGAAGGUGCGUCCACCCAGGACUCAGACGCCAUGGAGCCAGAGAAGCAGGUUGACAGCACGGUGAAGAUGGCCGGAGUGAUUGCUGGGAUCCUCAUGUUCAUCAUCAUCCUUCUGGGUGUGGUGCUCACCUUCAAGCGCAGAGAGAUACACACGUGGAGAACUCUGAGCGUGGGGAAGUUGGCCAAGAAACAGAAGGAGACGGCCAAUACCUCCACCCAGCAGAGGGAGAUGGGUCCAGUGACCACUGCUGAUAAGAGCACCACCAAGGUCAGCACCUUGCACAAAGAUGACCCCUUCUCCACCUCCAACCAGGAUCUCAAUGGAUUCACCUCUCCCUCCCCUUGCUCUUUCUCUGUGCAGGGAGGCAAGACACUGCAGAGCAAAUCCCUUUUGAAUUCCUACUACUCAGUGUCUAAAGAGCCCGUACCAGCCACGACAUCAAUAGACAGCAGCCAGCCGUCCCUUGCUCAGCCCUCUCUCACCCUGCAGAGUUUCCCCUACGGAGGCUGCGAGUCUGUCGAGCUCUCCUAUCAAAGUGGUCAGUUCCAGGCAGGCCAGUUCCAGCCUGCUAUCCGUGUGGCUGACCUCCUCCAGCACAUCACUCAGAUGAAAUGUGGACAGGGCUAUGGUUUUAAGGAAGAGUAUGAGGGCCUGGCAGAGGGACAGACGGCUCCUUGGGAGACGGCCAAGAAGGAUGAGAACCGAAACAAGAAUCGCUAUGGCAACAUCAUCGCUUACCCCACAGAUGACCACACUAGGGUCAGACUGCAGCUGCUGGAGGGAGACCCCCACUCGGACUACAUCAACGCCAACUAUAUUGAUGGAUACCACAGACCCAGACAUUAUAUCGCCACACAAGGACCCAUGCAGGAGACAGUGAGGGAUUUCUGGAGGAUGGUCUGGCAGGAAAACUCUGCCUCUAUUGUCAUGGUUACCAACCUGGUGGAGGUUGGCAGGGUGAAAUGUGUGCGUUACUGGCCUGACGAGACAGAGGUGUAUGGCGACAUCAAGGUCACUCUGAUAGAAACGGAACCACUAGCCGAGUAUGUCAUACGAACAUUCACCGUCCAAAAGAAGGGCCAUCAUGAGAUCCGCGAGAUCCGUCAAUUCCACUUCACCAGCUGGCCUGACCAUGGCGUGCCCUGCUAUGCUACUGGACUCCUGGGGUUCAUAAGACAGGUCAAAUUCCUCAACCCCCCAGAUGCAGGGCCCAUCGUGGCACACUGCAGUGCUGGUGCAGGGAGGACGGGCUGUUUCAUCGCAGUGGACAUCAUGUUGGACAUGGCAGAGAAUGAAGGCGUGGUGGACAUCUUCAACUGUAUCCGAGAGCUGAGAUCUCAGCGAGUCAACAUGGUCCAAACAGAAGAGCAGUAUGUGUUUGUGCACGAUGCCAUCUUGGAGGCAUGUCUCUGUGGAAACACAGCCAUUCCUGUUUGUGAGUUCAGAGCUAUCUACUAUAAUAUCAGCAGACUGGACCCACAAACCAACUCAAGCCAGAUUAAAGAUGAAUUCCAGACGCUGAACAUAGUGACCCCAAGAGUUCGUCCGGAGGAUUGUAGUGUGGGUCUGCUACCCAGGAAUCAUGACAAGAACCGCAGUAUGGAUGUUCUUUCAGCAGACCGCUGCCUGCCUUUUCUGAUAUCCGUGGAUGGAGAGAGCUCCAAUUACAUCAAUGCAGCACUAAUGGAUAGCCACAAGCAACCUGCGGCCUUUAUUGUUACCCAGCAUCCUUUGCCAAACACCAUGGCCGACUUCUGGAGGUUGGUGUUCGACUACAACUGUUCCUCCAUCGUCAUGCUUAAUGAGAUGGAUGCUGCCCAGUUGUGUAUGCAGUACUGGCCAGAGAAGAGUUCGUGCUGCUAUGGCCCCAUCCAGGUGGAGUUCAUAUCUGCAGACAUUGACGAGGACAUCAUCAACCGCAUCUUCAGGAUCUGUAACAUGGCCAGGCCUCAGGAUGGCUACCGUCUGGUGCAGCACUUCCAGUUUAUUGGCUGGCCGGCCUACAGGGACACACCCCUUUCCAAGCGGUCUAUUCUCCAGCUGGUCAGGAGACUGGCUAAAUGGCAGGAGCAGUAUGACGGAGGAGAUGGGAGGACAGUUGUCCACUGCCUUACCGGCGGUGGGCGUUCUGGAACCUUCUGUGCCAUCUGUAGCAUCAGUGAGAUGAUCCAGCAGCAGAACAUAGUGGAUGUUUUCCACACCGUCAAAACACUAAGGAACAAUAAGACAAACAUGGUGGAGACUAUGGAGCAGUACAAGUUCUGUUAUGAAGUGGCGCUGGAGGCACUCAGCUCCUUCUGA